AUGAGUUCUGUUUUUUUCGAUCGAUUCGAUGUUGAAGAAAGAGUUCAAUUUGGAGCUUUCUGCGCAAUAUAUCGUGUAAAAGACAGAGUAACAGGUCAAAUACUAGCAUUAAAGAUAGAGAAAAUGGAAUCUUCAUAUACAAUAUUAAAAUACGAAUACGAACUUACAAAACAGCUGCAAGAUAUACCUAAUAUAGUUUGUGUAUACGACUAUUUUGAAAAUAAAACUGAUAAAGGCUUCACAAUGGAAUUAUUAUCAAAUAAUUUAAGUGAUAUCCGACAUUUAAGACGUAAUCCUCCUUCACUUUCAAUGCUCACAUACAUAACAAAAGAAUGUUUGCUUUCUUUAAAGGAAGUUCAUGCUAAAAAUGUUUUACAUCACGAUAUCAAACCAUCAAACUUCCUCAUUAGGUUUGAAAACGAUGAUUAUCGUGUCGUAUUGAUUGACUUUGGUCUUUCAGUAUCUCUAAAUGAACCAGAAAGUAUUUCUAAAUUUAGAUAUAAUUUAGAACAGAAUCCAAGAUACCAUUCUAUUGAUUGCUACGGAAACAAGAACUGGACACAAAGAGAAGACUUGGUGUCGUUAAUAUACACAAUCUCAGAUUUCUGGAAAGAUUCUCUUCCUUGGGAUGGAAGAAUGUCUGCGAGAUUAAUUUAUGAAGAAAAAGUUAAGCACUCUCUCGAAUCUCUUCUUCCUCCCGAACUUAGCUUCCUCGUUACAGACCUUGACAAAGGAACUGAGUAUUUAUAUAAUGAAGCUGAAAAAUUGCUUCAAACAAUGCUAAGAAACAUCAAAGAAGAGAUUAAAUAUCUCACUGAUCCACUUGAUCCUGGAUACAAACGUAAAGUUGCUGACAUUGUUGUUGAACCAGAGACUAAGAAGAAAUUUAAGAAUCAACAUUCAGCUUAA